CAAAAAAAGAAAAAUAGAAAUUCGAAGUUGGUGGAUCGAGUCAUGCGGAUUCUAUAUAAACAGGUUUCCCGUGAGAUAAUUUUUACAUUCUAAUCAAAAAUAGCUAAAGCGAUGGCCACUGCUAUUCUCUCUUCUGGAAGCUCUUUGAAUCAUAGAUUCGAUCACGAAACCCUAAUCCACCGCAAUCAUUCUCGCCUUCGCUGUCACUCACACGCUUCUACGACGGCUCCUCGUCGACUCAAGCGAAGCCCCACGACGACGACGUAUCAGUCUAGGAAGAUGGUUGUAUCCCCGGCCGUGAAACCCAAUCUUGUUAUGGGACAAGUCAAGAUCCUCAAACGCGGAGAGACACUGAGCGCGUUUCGUAACGGUGUUGUAACUUCGACUAAUAAGAUUGGACCUGAACCAGAGACUUCGCAGAAGCAGAUCGGAGAGAUCGUCUCCAGACGUUACGCCGGUGCUUGUAGCUCAGCUUCUCCUCCUCCAAGCUCUCUUCCUAUUCCAUGUUUCUUGGGUAUUACUUGCUUAGCAAGAUUCAGGAAACCCUAAAAAAGUUGCUUGCAGCAGUCUGUUUAUAAGCAGAUGUCGAAGAAUCUUGAAGCUUGAGAAUGUGAUCUUCAACGCCAAUCACAACCAAUGUUUUCUUGCUCAACACUCUUAACUCUUUAAUG